UCUCCAGCCCACACAUCUCCAGCAUCCACACGAACCUCGCUUCAGUCUACUUCCACAGUUACCUCCAGUUCGGUGUUUGUCGUCAAUGCUCUCGAGAAAUUCGCCAAGGCCAAGGAAACAAAAAAGAACAAGGCCUUGAAGGAGGCAGUCCUGAAUGCCCAGAAUAUGCUCAAUAAUGACGAGGCUGCCCCGGAAGGACAGACAAGGUCAACUGUAAUCCUUGCAGCCUUGCAAACAGCUAUUAACACCCGGUCAGUUAAUUUAAUGACAAUUUCGUUGGAUUGCCUUGGCAAAUUUAUUGCCUACAAUUAUUUGGACGAUAUGGAAAACGAGGCUGCACAAACCCAGGUUAUGGAAAAGAUGGUGGAUAUUAUUUGCGACUGUUUUAUUGGAGAAGAAACAGACGAAAAAGUACAACUACAAAUUAUAAAGGCACUCCUUGAUGCAGUAUAUUCCACAAGAAAUCCGCUUCACCAGUCCGCAUUACUCAAAGCAGUUCGAACAACUUAUAAUAUUUUCCUGCUAUCUCGCAACAGCGCUAAUCAGAACGUAGCUCAAGUCACUCUGACACAAAUGGUUGAUCACAUAUUCAGAAGAAUUGAGAUACGUCCAGUGGCUAAGAAGAAUCAACCUGCACAUGAAACCACUAUUGCAUCAAAGGAAACCAGUUCAGAUGACCCAGAGAAAUCUAGCGAAGAACACACCUCAGAAGCUGAUGCAUCCUACCAACAACAGAUAAUUGUUGAAGCCAACAUGGCACGUAAAUUACCUAAGCCUGAGCCAGAGCGUGAGAUUAUCACUACUACUACUAGUGAUAAUGAUGUUGCCGCCAAUGCAGGGCCCACUGACUCCCAGGUGUCUACAACAAAUGAUACAUCAAGAUUUCAGACAAAUACUGCUGAAACUGAAGCCGACCUCUUUAUCAAAGAUGCUAUAUUGGUAUUCCGUGCACUUUGCAAAUUGUCAAAGAAGCAAAUAUCAUCUGAAUGGGGAAAUGAUAUGCGAUCGUACUCUAUGCGCUCGAAAUUGCUUUCGUUGCACCUUAUUCUUACGAUUUUGACAUCGCACAUGACUAUUAUGUCCUCCCCUUCUGUAGUUCUUUCUUCUGGCAGAGAUGAUCCCACUGUAAGCCAAUUGGCUAAUCCAUUCAUUCUCGAGGUGAAACAGUAUCUUUGUCCUAGUUUGGCAAAGAAUGCGUUCUCGCUUGUGCCUCAAGUGUUCAAUAUCACACUUGAAAUCCUCUGGAAGGUUGUGCAAGGACUUCGUGUUUUUUUAAAGAAAGAGAUCGAGGUCUUUUUCAAAGAAAUUGUCUUUAGAAUCUUAGAGAUGCGCAAUGCAUCUUUUCAACAAAAGCAUACUUUGUUAAAGAUUGUGUUGCGGAUAUGCAGUGACCCUCAGACAUUGGUCGACAUAUAUCUAAAUUACGAUUGUGAUCGCCAGGCCCUGGAUAAUAUUUAUGAGCGCUUGGUCUAUGUACUCUCAAAAAUCACUACCUCUCAGUCAUCUCCUGGAAGUCUCAAGGACCAAGAUAUCCACUCUUCAGGAUCUGAUUACUCCAAUGGCCAUGGACAUUCAAACAAUAACUCGGUCAUCAUACCCCCUCCUCUGACCACGGCAACUAUUCUAUCAAACGAAAGACAUAGCAAUUCUGCUCCUCAAAUGCCAGAAUCUGCCAUCAAGUUUAAAUCUUUGGAAUGCUUGGUUGCUGUUCUACAGUCUCUUGUUACCUGGUAUGCAAAUAAUUCUGUGAGUAUAUCAUCCACCACCGAAAACGAAGAGGACCACAGCAGAGGAAACACUCCACGCGAAAGUGAGGAUCGUAGAGCUUCGUCGGAUCCAUUUACAAGUCACAGCAAUAUAUCGCUGUCUCGUAUGUCCCCAUCCCUCUCAACAAGUGGCGUCAGUGCAAAUACGUCAAACGGUGGUGGGCCCUUGACUUCUCGUAUGGACGAUCCUGAGCAAUUUGAAAAUCUUAAACACCGCAAGCAGUUACUUCAGGAUGGUAUUCGUUUGUUCAACUGGAAGCCUAAGAAGGCAAUACAGCUCCUUGCAAACCAUGGGUUCUUAGAUAUCAAUGAUCCUCAAAGCAAGGCAAGGUUUUUGUUGAAUACAGAAGGUUUAAGCAAGACCUUUAUUGGUGAAUACUUGGGUGAAGGAGAACCUGAAAACGUUGCUACCAUGCAUGCUUUUGUGGACGAGAUGGAUUUCACGGGUAUGAAGUUUUUGGAUGCUUUGCGUCUAUUCCUUCAAUCCUUUAGAUUACCUGGUGAAGCUCAAAAGAUCGAUCGAUUUAUGCUCAAGUUUGCUGAACGCUAUGUAAAUGGAAACCCUGGUGUAUUUGCAAAUGCCGAUACUCCUUAUGUACUGGCAUAUCAUGUCAUUAUGCUCAAUACCGAUCAGCACAACCCAACAGUGAAGAACAGAAUGACAUAUGAAGACUUUGUCAAAAAUAACCGUGGACUUGACGAUGGAAACAACAUUUCUGAAGAUAUUCUGCAGUACAUUUACACCGAAAUCCGAAAGAAUGAAAUCAAACUCAACGAUGAGACCGAGGCGGCCAACAAUGCUGCUCUUAUGGCAUCGGCGGGUGGCAUGGGUGGUUUGGGUAUGACUGGACUUCAGAAUGCCUUGGCCAACGCUGGUAUUAUGCGCGAUUCUCGGCGUGAGGCCUAUCAAGCCGCCACUGAAGAAAUGGGAUCCAAGACCGAGGCCAUCUUCCGUAGUAUGCUGGCUAGUCGGUCUCGAGCGGGUGAAAAUGAAACAUUUACGUUUUAUAUUGCUUCUCAUGUUGAACAUGUUCGGCCCAUGUUUGAAGUUGCCUGGAUGGCUUUCUUGGCCGGUAUGUCUGGUGCACUUCAGAAAUCUGAUGACUUGGAGACCGUUAAGCUGUGCUUGGACGGCUUCAAACAUGCUAUUCGUAUCAUUUGCCUUUUCCACACUGUCCAGUCUGAAGAUAUGGAUUUGCAGCGAGAUGCCUUUGUCACCACACUUACCAAAUUUACAUUUUUGACAAACCUGAACGAAAUGAAGCCAAAAAACGUAGAGGCAAUAAAAACGCUGCUAGAGGUUGCUUCAGUAGAUGGAAACUAUCUAAAGGGCAGCUGGAAAGAGAUCCUGUCGACCGUCAGUCAGCUGGAGCGUUUCCAGCUGAUCACGAGUGGUAUUGACCAGGGAGCACUACCGGAUAUCGCUAACAAGCGUUUCCAGGCACCCCCAAGAGGGUAUCCAACCCAACUUAGUCUUUCGGAAGAAGUUGCAUCGGCAGGUAGUUCCCAGUCUCUUGUCUUGGCAGCAGAUAAAUUAUUUACUGCUACUGUGAACCUCAAUGGUGAUGCAAUUGUUGACUUUGUUCGCGCUCUCUGUGAGACCUCUUGGGAAGAAAUUGUUUCAUCUGCUCACUUGGAACAUCCAAGAAUGUACAGCUUGCAAAAACUGGUGGAGAUUUCUUACUACAACAUGAACCGUAUUCGUAUCGAAUGGUCUAAUAUCUGGGCUAUACUUGGUGAAUACUACAACAAGGUCGGUUGUCAGUCCAACUUCAAUGUUGCCUUCUUUGCUUUGGACUCUUUGCGUCAAUUGGCUAUGAGGUUCUUGGAGAAGGAAGAACUGCCUCAUUUCAAGUUUCAAAAGGAUUUCCUUAUGCCUUUCCGUAAUAUUCUUGCAAACAAUCCUGACGUAGCCAUCAAGGACAUGGUCUUGAGAUGCCUUUCUCAAAUGAUACUUGCGAGGGCUCAAAACAUUCGAUCUGGUUGGAAAACUAUGCUAUCUGUGUUUGCUACCGGUGCACGCGAGACUUCAGAAUCAAUUGUGCACAUGACAUUCGAUAUUGUCCGCAGUGUAGCCAACGAGAGGUUCCACGACAUUAUUGCCAAUGGUACAUUUCCCGAUUACAUUUCGUGCUUGAUCGAAUUCUCGAAGAAUAAGAAAUUUCAAAAGAUUAGUCUGCCUGCACUAGACAUGAUCAGGGGUACAAUCCCUGCAAUGCUCGAGAUUGCCGAGAAAAACACUAUCGAAAUCACAGAUGUGCAUGCAUCGAAUUCUGCUGGCCAAACAGCACAAACCGAUGAUGAUUUCUUGGUAAAGUUCUGGUUCGCUGUUCUGUACGGCCUCAAAGAGGUUACUAUGCAUAGUGACGAUGUUGAAGUCCGUAAGAGGGCACUGCAGUAUCUUUUUGAUACCCUAAAAGAGUAUGGUUCGAGCUUCACACCUGAGUUCUGGACGACUGUGUCGCGCCAGAUCGUGUUUCCUCUAUUCGAUGAUUUGAAGUCGGACUCUGAUCAUCAACGCACAAUGACACCUGAGGAUUUGAGUGUUUGGCUGUCUACAACCAUGAUUGAAGCUCUUCGCAAUGUAGUUGAUCUUUAUACCUUUUAUUUCGAAAACAUAAAGGGUAUGAUGCGUCCUAUCCUUGGACUAUUCGGCGUGUGCAUCACCCAAGACAACGACACACUUGCCCGCAUUGGUUGCGAAUGUCUGGAACAGUACAUUGAGACUAAUGUAGAAAAGUUUGAUCCCAGUUGCUGGGAUCUUGUAGCUGAAACUUUUGUCAAUUUGUUUGAGAAGACGACAGCCCAUGGAUUAUUCGAUGAUACUGAGGAUCUGGUCGACAAAGUCAAGGCAAUUCCAGCUGCAAGCAACGAUACCACCAAUCAGUACUCUGAGACAACUACCAUUCAACAUGCUGAUGUGAACGAAGAGCGUCAACACAGUUUCCAGCAGGUCAUUGUCAAGUGUGUUUUGCAAUUGAUGUUGAUCCAGACUGUCAGUGAGCUUCUAAGCAAGGACGCUGUGUAUUUCGCAUUCCCGGCUCAUCAUCUGAUGCAAAUUAUGGAAUGUCUCGGGCGGUCGUUCCAUUUCGCCAAACGUUUCAAUGGAGACAAUGAUCUUCGAAUGGCUCUCUGGCGCUUUGGCUUUAUGAAGCAGCUUCCCAACCUCCUCAAGCAAGAAACCUCGAGCGGUGGUUGCUAUGUAUCGAUCUUAAUGCGUAUGUAUGCAAACCUCGAGAACAUCAGUGAUCGUGAUGAUAGACGAGUUGAGAUUGAAAACACCUUAAUUCCUCUCUGUAAUGAGAUCUUUACACUGUACACAGAGCUUGAUCACGAAACAAAACCGAAGAACAUUGUUGCCUGGACACCAGUGGUUGUUUCAAUCUUGAGCGGUCUUGCUCAACUUCAGGACGAAGACUUUCUACGCCAUGUGCCGCGGUUCUACAUGCCUUCUGUAGAACUUCUUGGUCAAGAUAACCUACUACCGGACAUCCGGUUGGCAUUGCGUACUCUACUCGUCCGAGUCGGCAAA